CCAUUAUCUAUCCCCGGCUUUUAUGAUCUUUUGAAGCUAUUCCCAAAUCUUAAAAGACUUGAAUAUGCUACAAACUUUCAUACAUUUAAUAACCAAUUUGAAGGUGUAACGCCUGACAUGUUUGAAGCUGAAUGUAUGGCCGUAGCUAGUUUUAUGGAAACACAAAAGAACUUGGUUUAUGAUGGGCAAUGGAAUAAGCCAAUUACAACUGAACAACGGCUUAUGGCAGGUAUG